CAUCCAAAACGACCGAGUUUUGACUUGACGCAUACGCUCAGAACAUUGAUCCUCCCUUUCCCUCGCUGAAACUCUGUGCGCGAUACCGUGAGAGUUGCUGGCAUUCGUCACCGGAGAAGAUGAAGAUCAACAUCAAUUCAAUGGCUCGGAAAGUUGAGAUCGAUAAUCGCUACCCUCUCCGAUUUUACUUUCGAAUCGCCGAUAAUCUCCUCAAACAGGCUAGUAUAUACCGGGAGGAGAAAAACAUUGUAGAUUUGUAUGUCAUACUUCUCCGAUUUUCAAGUUUGGUGUCUGAAACUAUACCGUGUCAUCGAGACUACCAGACAUUUCCUCCUAAAGAGAGAAGUAUGUAUAGGAAGAAACUCUUAAAUGUACUAGAUGAGCUUGAAUCUUUAAAGCCAGAAGCCCAACGCCUAGUCAACAAACUUAACGAGGCCCAAGCAGUUUCUCAACUACCUCAACUUGAAUGCCUAGAAGGCACUUCAUAUGGUUUGGGAACACCUUCUUUAGAAUGGCCUCCUGUGAACAAUAAUUCAUUGAGCAUAAACAUUAGGCAGCCUUCUAGCUUGACAUCUCAGUCUUCAUGGAAGUAUAAUAAUGAUUAUUCACGGGUAUCAACAAAUACUUCACAAAUUGACAAGCAGUUCCAAAAGCUAUCUCUUAAUAUACCUCUUCCGAAUAAAGAGACUUUGUCUAGACACUCAUUUUUGGGUCCAAAUGGUCUUCAGGGCCAGUGGCUAGGACCCACUGCAAAGGUUAAGGUUCAAUAUCCAAGCAGUACCGACCUAAUCCCUACUGAAAAUUCAGGCCUGAAUCAGGUUGUACAAAAUGAUAUUGUGGCUGUAAAAGAUGGUGAUCAAGGAGGAAUUAAAUCUACAAUGGAGUCGGUGCUCUCCUUGGAUGAUGGUGUAUGGCCACGCCCUGCUCAGGAAUUUGGUCCUUCAUUGAUUAAUGAAAUAAGGGAAGAUCCUUUCGAAUUGGUCAUCAAUCAGCCUUCUCCUCCUCCUGUACUUGCUCGAGUGCAGCCAGAAUAUACUCCAAUUUCUCCAUCAAAAGUGGCAGAUCCAAGACCAGGACCUGCCAAACCUUCUGUGGAUGGGAUGCCAAGUUCUAAUUCAUAUCAACAUUUACACGUUCCAGUAAAAUUGAUGGAUGAUUUCUUGAGAUUGGCUAGGACGAAUACAGAAAAAAAUUUAGAGACGUGCGGUAUUCUUGCUGGUUCAUUGAAAAAUAAGGUUUUCCAUAUCACCACGCUAAUAGUCCCAAAGCAAGAGUCAACCUCUGAUUCGUGUCAAACAUUGAAUGAGGAAGAAGUAUUUGAGGUUCAAGACAGAUUAUCUCUUUUUUCUCUUGGGUGGAUUCAUACACACCCAUCGCAGACCUGUUUCAUGUCAUCAGUUGAUCUGCAUACUCAUUACUCAUAUCAGAUUAUGUUACCAGAAGCAAUAGCGAUCGUUAUGGCUCCAACAGAUACAUCCAGUCCUCACGGCAUAUUCCAUCUAUCGGACCCAGGUGGUGUAUCAGUAAUUCGAAAUUGUGACCAGCGUGGGUUUCAUCCCCAUGAAGAGCCUUUGGAUGGAACCCCAAUUUACGAGCAUUGUUCUCAUGUCUUUAUAAACUCCAACUUAAGGAUCGAUGUUGUCGAUCUGCGGUAAGAAUUUUGGAUUUUGUCCCCUUAAGUGACGCCCAGUUGAGAUUAACUUUGGUAAAUAUGUAAAACACAACAGUAAUUAUCUCUUCAUCCAACACCGAUAUUGUAAAUUCAAGUGGUCUCUAUCUGAUGGAAAUAUAGGCAUACUCAUUUUAGUCA